GAAGCUUCUAUACGACUCUGACCGUGACUUUCGUCUGCCAUUUUGGUUACGAAAACAAGGGCAUGAGACUUGUACCCUGAAGAUGGCAAGCCUCUGUAGAAUAUCAACAUCGCGAAUCGUUGCAGCUCUACCGAGAAUCUUGCAACUGCCAGGAACAUCUGUGAGAACCAACACUACAGAAGCAAAACCGGAAAAGACAAAAUAUGGUCCCUUGAAAGAUGAAGACAGAAUUUUUACAAAUUUAUAUGGCAGACAUGACUGGGGCAUCAAGGGAGCUAUGGGACGGGGAGAUUGGUAUAAAACCAAAGAAAUCAUGGACAAAGGUCAUGAUUGGAUUCUUAAGGAGAUCACCACCUCAGGAUUGAGAGGCCGUGGCGGUGCUGGUUUCCCUACAGGAAUGAAAUGGGGUUUCAUGAAUCGCCCUAGUGAUGGAAGACCUAAGUACCUGGUUGUAAAUGCGGAUGAAGGUGAGCCAGGAACAUGUAAGGACAGAGAGAUCAUGCGACAUGACCCACACAAACUGGUGGAGGGCUGUCUGAUAGCUGGCAGAGCCAUGCGCGCUCAGGCAGCCUAUAUCUACAUCAGAGGGGAGUUUUACAAUGAGGCAUCUAACUUAAAUGUGGCUAUCAAAGAGGCCUACAAGGCUGGUUUCCUGGGCAAGAAUGCGUGUGGUUCUGGCUACGACUUUGAUGUGUUCGUGCAUCGUGGAGCUGGAGCUUACAUCUGUGGGGAGGAAACUUCACUGAUAGAAUCUCUAGAGGGUAAGGCUGGGAAGCCCCGCCUAAAGCCACCCUUUCCUGCUGAUGUGGGUGUGUUCGGGUGUCCAACAACAGUAGCAAAUGUGGAGACGGUGGCUGUAGCACCAGUUAUAUGCAGACGGUCAGGCGAUUGGUUUGCAUCAUUUGGACGGGAGCGUAACCGUGGCACUAAGCUGUUUAACAUUUCCGGCCAUGUAAACAACCCUACCACAGUGGAGGAGGAGAUGUCCAUACCGCUGAGGGAAAUCAUUGAGCGCCACGCUGGAGGUGUCAUCGGGGGCUGGGACAACCUCCUGGCUGUCAUUCCUGGAGGUUCUUCUACACCUCUUAUACCCAAAAGUGUGUGUGAGGAUGUGAUGAUGGAUUUCGAUGCCCUAGUACAAGCCCAGACCAGUCUGGGAACAGCAGCCAUUAUUGUGAUGAACAAAGACGCUGAUGUUGUUAGGUGUAUCUCCCGUCUGAUUGAGUUCUACAAACAUGAAAGCUGUGGACAGUGUACGCCUUGUCGGGAAGGUACAGGAUGGAUGAUGAAGAUUAUGACUAGAUUUGAGUCUGGAAAUGCUAAGCCAGAGGAGAUUGACAUGUUGUACGAGCUAAGUAAACAGAUUGAGGGUCACACGAUAUGUGCUCUCGGAGACGGAGCUGCCUGGCCAGUACAGGGACUUAUUAGACACUUUCGACCAGAGCUUGAGCGAAGAAUGUCAGACUUUGCCAAGAAACAGCAAGCGGCCACUGCUUGAUUUUUCAUACAGUGCAAACAAACAGUAUUUGAUAUUGGUAAAUUAAAAAAACAUAUUAAAGCUGUGAAAUUUUACUGAGGAGUUUGGGGUAGAGAUAAAACAUCUCUAGUACUGUUAAAUGAUAUUCAGAGGGAAUUCAUGUCUCUUGAUUAUCAAAGAUGUUUAUUAUGAACUUUGACCCCUGUUAUUGGACAGAGUUGUUUUUCUAUUAAUUCUUGACUAGGCAAAGGAAUGGAUAUAAAUUCAAGUCAGGAGUGAGUACUAACUGUAAAUUUCAGUAGAUACGUAUACAAGUCAUGUAAAUAUGUACAUUGUGAUUAUUGUAUGAAGUGUGAGAAACAGUUUGACUGACAACUGUAUUUGACACAUAUAGUGAUGUACCUCAUGAGAGUCUGUGUGUUGCACUUUUGAUUAAACGGGACAUCAGGAGUUAA